UCACAUACAAUUUUUAUUUAGGAAGCAACAAUUUUAUUAGAAUUUUUAAUAUCAAUGUUUUGAAAAAGUUCAAUUUUUGUGCAGAAAAGUGGUAUUCAUACCGUAAACCAUAAUGUCGGCGUACCAUCGAAAUGUACAAUAUCUGCAACAACAGUUUUCAGCUUUGCUACACAACACAUCGCCUGUUAUUACGCUUAUCUGUGUGGUCACUGGCUUUGGAUAUUUACUCUCGUACUCGGAGACCGCUGUGCGGUUGUUGAGUGUUACUCCAGGCAAAAUACUUCCAAAUGCUGAGUUCUGGAUAUGGACAGCAUUUACAUUUUGUUUUAUCGAAUUACAUUGGUGGGAAGUGAUUGUCGAUGUCGUCACCGUGGGGCUAUGUGGCAAAAUGUUGGAACCAUUAUGGGGACAACUGGAAAUGUUCAAGUUUUUUGCCCUAACAAAUUUUGGUGUAUCCAUACUUACAACAAUAUAUUAUCUGUUGUAUUUUGUUGUAACCGAUAAUGAAAGUAUACUUUUCGACGUGCAUAUUCAUGGACUGGCCGGCUACGUAGCAGGUAUCUGUGUGGCAGUACGACAAAUAAUGCCCGAUCAUUUAAUUUUCAAAACGCGUUGGGGCAAAUUAACUAAUAGAAACGUGCCCUUAACUGUGUUGGUGGCGUCAAUUCUUAUGUGGGCAAUUAAACUAUUGGAUGGCACAUAUCCAACAAUGUUCGGUUCCGGUCUUAUUGUGGCAUGGGUGUAUUUGCGCUUCUAUCAAUGGCAUCCAAAUGGGCGUGGUGAUAGUUCUGAAAGUUUUACAUUUGCCAGUUUCUUUCCAAAUGUCAUGCAACCUGUAAUUAGUAUUUUAGUAAAUCCCAUCUAUAUAUGUUGUUUAAGAUUGGGCAUUGUAAAAACACCAGCACCUCCACGGGCAUCUUCUCUUGCUGGAAGUUUGUCUUCAGUAUCCAUACAAAUACCUGGUGCGGAUGCACAUGAUAUAGAACGACGAAGACAAAUCGCUCUAAAGGCAUUGAGUGAACGCUUAAAAUCAACAGAUGCAGCGCGGCAUAAUCAAUUGCCCAAAUCAUUUCCAACAGUCAGCAGUGGUGGAGCGCCUAUGUCUGGGCAUCAUCAUCAUCAUCAUCAGAAACACCAACAUCAUCACAGUCAACAGCAUGGACAUCAUAGCCAUGGUCAUGGGCAUAGUCAUAGUCACCCACACGGUCAUGGACAUACACAACAACAUGCACCAGAGCAUGUUAGCCCAGAGGCAUUACUAAAUCCCUCUUUUAUGGGCAAAUCACAGCAUAUUAGCGCUAACAUUUCAUCACCUAUAACGAGUGUACGUGCAGAACCGCGUAUGAUCAGUACAAUGAGUACGAUAGCGAUACCAAUGCCGGCGCCACCGCCUAGAAAUGAUAUAAACUCUGAUACGAAUACGGCAAUGAGUGACGCCCUAAUCGACCUGAGCGGUACGGCUAAGCAGUAGGUAUAAUAAUAUAAAGGAGUUACAAAGUAAAUUGGUAUUUUGUUUUACACGAAUAAUAAUAUAUAUAUGUAUGCAUAUGUAAACAUUCGUAUGAAAAAGACGCACCACAAAUUGAAUGCACACUUAAGAAGUUUAGUUACAUUCUUGGCAGUGGUAAAUGUGAAUAAACUGGGAGCGGUCUACUUGUAAAAACGAAAAAUAAAGCGAUAUUGUUUUGAAUAGAGUACAUCACAAUACCUUAUAUUUAAAAAGAAAGAAAUCAAAUAGAUGUGUUUACAAUUACACGUUCGAAAGUGAGAUAACACAUAACGGACUUGUCAACGAGCAUAAAAAAAUAUAUAUACAUAAGUAUAUCUCCAUAUGUAUAGCGCUGUAUGUAUGUAGGUUGCCUUUUCGAUUUACCCGUGACAGUUAAGCAUCUUAAUGUUAUAAGAGAGAGAACAUCCGUGAUAUGUAUUUCUUUUUUACUUCUUAAAUAAUAACUAAGUUUUUUGGAACAUGUAAACAAAUUGCCUAUAACUUAUUUGCAAAAUAAAACUAUUAAUACGCAUGCAUUGAGUGUAUCAAUCAGUUUGAAAAGCUAUAAAAAAAAUAUAAGGAAGUUCCUCAUUGA